CGUAUCGUCUGACUUUUGGACUAAAUGCCAAAUCACAACCGGAGAACUGUGGCAUGUUUGUGUGAUUUAUUAGGGUUUUAAUUUCCCUUUAUUAUUACAAAUUUGAAACUACAGUAGAAAAAUGGUUCUCAUUGCUGCUGCCGUCUGCACCAAGGCAGGGAAAACGAUAGUCUCCAGACAGUUUGUGGAGAUGUCUAAGGCUCGUAUUGAGGGUUUGCUCGCAGCGUUCCCUAAGUUGAUGUCGACAGGCAAGCAACACACGUUUGUGGAGACUGAGUCCGUUCGCUAUGUUUACCAGCCUCUGGAGAAGCUUUACAUGCUCCUCAUUACCACCAAAGCGUCCAACAUUCUGGAGGAUCUCGAGACUCUGCGUUUGUUCUCCCGUGUGAUACCCGAGUACUGUCGCAGUAUGGAGGAAUCAGAGAUCGCUGACAACGCUUUCAACCUGAUCUUCGCCUUUGACGAGAUCGUUGCCCUCGGAUACAGAGAGAGUGUGAACCUUGCCCAGAUCAGGACGUUUGUAGAGAUGGACUCACACGAGGAGAAGGUCUACCAAGCUGUCCGUCAGACACAAGAGAGAGAGGCAAAGAACAAGAUGAGAGAGAAGGCCAAGGAACUUCAACGCCAGAGGAUGGAGGCUGGCAAGCGGGGCUUCAUGAAGGGCUCCGGCGCUGGGGGCUUUGGCAUCAGCAGCUCUGGGGGAUUUGGCAGCUCUUCAGGCUUUGCCCCGUCUCCCAUCAUUGGUGAUUCCGCUUCCAUUGGAGAGAUUAACAAGCCUUAUUCUCCUGCCUCAAAGCCCAGUGCCAGCACAAAGGCCAUGAAGCUGGGCAGCAAGUCUCGUGAUGUUGAGUCGUUUGUUGACCAGCUCAAGUCGGAAGGGGAGAACGUCGUGGCCCCCUCCUUAGCCAAGCAGAACCCCUCCCUCAACUCCAAGCUGCCUCCUCCAUCAUUGGCCAACACUGAUGAUAUCCACCUGCGUCAGGAGGAACGUCUAGUGUUGAGAGUGGGACGAGACGGAGGUGUGCAGAACCUGGAGUUACACGGGUUGGUAACACUGCGCAUCUCUGACGAGAAGUACGGCCGUGUACGAGUGAUUCUAGAGAAUAAAGACACAAGAGGCAUUCAACUACAGACACAUCCAAAUGUAGACAAAGAGUUGUUUAAGAUGAAGUCACAGAUAGGACUGAAGAACCCAUCAAAGCCGUUCCCUCUCUCCACAGACGUGGGCGUCCUCAAGUGGAGAUUCCAGUCCCAGGAUGACUCUUGCAUUCCACUAUCAAUCAACUGUUGGCCAUCAGAGAACGGACAAGGUGGCUGCGAUGUCAACAUAGAGUAUGAAUUGGAACAUUCACAUCUGGAACUCAACGAUGUCUCCAUUCACAUACCUCUACCUAUCGGCUGCACUCCGGUAGUGACUGAGUGUGACGGAGACUACGCACACGACCCUCGCAAGAACAGUCUCACAUGGAGUCAUGCAGUGAUAGAUAGCAGCAACCGCACUGGUUCCCUGGAGUUUACAGCCGCCACCGCCAUUCCCGGCGACUUCUUCCCCCUCUCCGUCUCCUUUGUGUCGAAAAAACCCUACGCCGAUCUCAGAGCCACAGAGGUCAUUACAGUAGAUGAUGAACAGCCCGUCAAGUUCUCAACGGAAACAGUAUUCUUUGCAGAAAAAUACGAGAUUGUGUAAAAUAUCAACAGCUAAGCACAAUCAACUGCUGAACUGAGUCAGUGCAACAUAUACUUAUGAGAUCAUUAAAUGUCUCAUUGUUAUGUAAAAUAUAUCAUUACAACAUGUUCAAGUGAACUCUUGUCUCAUUCCUCAAUCGUUCAUUAUAAUUAAAACUGUAAAUUUUUACUGAGGUAGGUAGGCCUAGUGUUAUUCAAAAUAUAUAUUUACUUUACCCAUAGUAUGUUGAUUUAUAUUGCAUGCCAUUUAUUUUAUUUGUAAAAUAUUCCAUUUAUAAAAAAAAUUAUCCGGCUUGCAAUCAAAAAUAAUUUUUAUGCUUAUUUUAAUUUAUGAGUAUUUUCUGUGUAUAGUCAAUGAUUAUAUCUAAUCCCAAUUUUUUUCAUUUUUUUGAGUUGAUUUAAUUUUUUUAAAUCAAGCUAUCAAAAACAGAAAUAAACAUUGUAGCAGUCCAGAAUAUUCUAUGUUUGAAAUCCCUUUAUUUUGUAUAGGAAGAUGUAAUAAAUUAAUUACAAAAUA